AUGGCGGAACCUGUUACUGCGGGUAUGCUUACAACACUGCCACCGGAAGCAAUUCGGUUGGCCCACGCUCUUGCUGCCUAUUUCCAGGCGCAUGAUAAUCCAGACGACCACCUUAACCCUUUCGACGUUUAUGAAAGGAACGUUAUCGCAUACAUUGCAGAAAAAUAUGAUCCGGAGUCUAAUGCCACGGGAUCGUCCACUGAUUUUCCCGCCAGCUGGGCAAACGACAGUUCCCAAGUGUAUUCGGCAAUCGUAACGGUCUUCGAUCUAGCCUUUGGCCUUUCAAUGCCAAGCACGAAAUCACGACCUACGAGGUCAUUGCUCGAUCUACCUGUGGAGUUGCUCUGGCUUAUUGAGCGGCAGCUACCUGACAAAGACGUUUACAGUCUUUGCCUGACAAACCAUUAUCUGUAUCACGUCUUGAAUGAGUCCCUUUGCCGACGAGGCGGCCUACUCAAACAGCUACUUGAUCAAUUGAUCAAAUUCAUUCUUGACGAACGACUACGGCAAGGACCCACCACUCGUGCUGACAGGUGGAAGUCACUUGAAAACUGUCUGAGAUGGGGUUUGAGUCCAAAUUAUGUCUUCCCGGACGGUUGUCUCGCCUCCCUGCCUGAAAAGGAUUCAAUGCUGCAUCUAGCAUGCCUUCAUUAUCAGCCCAAGGUCGUGCAGUUGUUGCUCGACGAAGGUGCAGACCCUAACCUGAGAGACGCACACGACCGCACACCCGUCCAUAGGUUGUUUGACACGCACGAAACCAAGUGGAGAGAAUCAGGUAAUCUGCUUGACAUCCUCCUCGCGUACCCAAAUGUCAGAAUCGAUGAACAAUUUGCCAAGAAGGUUGUUUAUCUGCCAGAUAGAGUCGAUAUCAACUCUCAAGACAAUGAGGGGAAAACACCGCUUUGUCACGCCAUAUCUGCCAAGGAAUAUGACAUGGUGCGUCUGUUCGUCGCGCAGCACAGCCUUGAUCCCAACCUCGGUCCGGCCGAUGCAUUCCCUCUGCUUCUCGCUGUUGAUUAUGAUAAGCUGCCAAUUCUUGAGAUAUUGCUGUGCUCGAAGCAACUGGAUCUGAAUAAGCAAAACAGCGAAGGGGAGACCGCCUUGUUGAAGGCACUUCAUAUUGGCAAUAGGGAAGCCGUCAAGUUGCUUGCCCGAGCUGGUGCGGACCCUGAUAUUGAAUCAUGCGAAGGCGUGACAGCACGGCAGGCAGCCCUGGAUGCAGACAUUCGUGUCAGAUGGAAGGCUCGCCCGAACUAG